AUGUCUGCUUAUGGCCAUCAAAUGGAACAUGCUUAUUCUACAAGGAGUCUCUCUACUGCUUCUGAGAUGGGGAGCAGUUUUAUGUUAGAAUCGGGAUUCUAUAUCAUAUCAUUUUCUGCAACAAUCUUCAUUGCUGGAUUUGCAGCUCUUGGACUUUUAUUAAUCACUCUGUUGGUUUCAAUGGCAAUGAUGUUACAAUCUUGUCAAAAUAAUAGUGCUGGAAUUCUAGAGCUUAGGAAUGUAAACGAUGACUAUAGUUAUUGCAAAGUUCAUUCUCUGCAUGCUAAGUUCAAUCAUUUAGAAGAAUAUAAUGUUCCUGAAAUUUGUAAGGAUCUGGCGGUACAGUAUAUCAAAGGUGGUCAAUAUGCUAGAGAUUUGGAUUUAACGAAAUCUGUGAUUGAGGCCUAUUUCAAUGGUGUUAAAGCAUCACAGGAUGGUUUUGAUGUGGUGUUGAUUGACAUAGAUGGCAUUUUUCCAUUGAGUCCUCUUACAGAUAAUCUUGAGUUAAGAUAUCUAGCCCAUUUCAUGCUGUUAAGACUUAUAUCAUCAAGAAUAUAA